AUGGGACUCGGAAAGCUCUUUAUAAUAUGGGGAUUCACCUUUAUGGGUGGCUAUCACAUGUAUCGAAUGUUUGUGGAUCAGAAGUCAAAGAUGACUUGGAUGUGGGAAAAGCCACGGUAUCAUGAGAUCAAACUAGCCGAAAGCGGUUCGCGUAAUUCCUAUGGAUUAUACUUCUACGGCGAGGGCCAGUACUUCAAAAAUGAAAUCGCAAAAGGCUUUCGCGAUAGUGCAGCUUGGCCAGUUUUGUUUGUUCCUGGCUCUGGCGGCUCCUACAAACAGUGUCGCUCUAUCGGUUCCGUGCUCUAUAAUAAAUGGAAGAAAGCCAAGGAAGCUCCGUAUUUUCACACGUACGCUAUUGAUUUAAAGGAAGAACUUACGGGCAUCUACGGGGGACCCCUCGAAGAUCAUGUGAAAUUCGUACGAAGUGCGAUUCAAGAAAUUCUCGAGUACUAUCCCACUGAUGCGAAAUUAACAAUUGUCGGACAUUCGAUGGGAGGUAUGGUCGCUAAAGCCGUGGUAAAUCAAUUCGCCGAUCGUGUCAACUUCUUGCUCACCCUCGGUAGUCCUCAUGCGUAUCCUGUGAUUUCUGAUAGGAUUCUAAAGAGAUUUACCGCGCAGCACUGGAAUGAAAAGCUGAAAGUACCAUGUCUCAGUGUUGUAGGAGGUCUUCGCGAUGUACAAGUUCGAUCAGCCCUUUCUUUCGACGAAGAAUGUAAAUUUAUCAGAGGCGAAUCUGUUCCUGGAACUUGGGUUUCUCAAGAUCACCAAAGCUUGGUUUGGGAUAAUGGUCUUGUUCUUGCCACAGCGAGGAGUAUUUAUGACACUCGCAGAUAUCCAGAAGAAAUUUCCCAAGUUCUGAAUUAUCAUUGGGCUGAGAAGACGAAUUCUAGUAAUCAGUACUCACCUCCAGUAUUUGCUGAAUCAGACAGUCCCAAUUCUGAAACAACUGAUUUACGUCUAGCACAGGGAUCUUACAAGCUACCGGAAGUCGAACAAGAUGUACAGCUUAUUGUGUAUGGAGACAUCCAUCGAGUCCAAGUCGAGAAAGAACUAUCAAAUUCAUUCAUGAUCAGCGAAAAAGAGUUCUUCACUCAAACAUCUAUCACUCCUGAUUCCAAUGGAUUCAUUCAAACAAGUGGGGAUGUUUCUCGAGCAGUUAUUGCUUCAAAUGACGUAGUCGUCGUGCCAUAUGUUAUCAGUGGAUUAUUCAAGUGGAUUCCAGGCAUGAGCACAAAGACUAUCGAGCUGAAAGGACCUUCGAUCGUGGAACUUGAAGGGUUACUGAUGACUUAUCAAGUAUUUGACAUUUCUACAGAUCGUGACUCUCAUCUCAUCGUUCGCGAAAAUGGCAAAGCCUCUAUCAUUGGAAGAAAUAAUCUGACAGUUUCGUUGACUCGAGCAACGAAGGAAAGCACAACUCAGGGAGGGAUUUUUAUAAUUUUUCCUCUUACUGACUGGAAUUCUAUUGGUGAAGAUGAAAACAUGAAAAUGACACUCAAUGUCAAUAUUUUCGCCGUCUUCGACAUUCUAUUCAGAGAAUACUGGUCUGUGAUAGUUUCUUUUAUUGUCGUUCAAGCAGCCUUCGUGGCGGCGUCAAUCGUCCGAGGAAAGCAGGCGACCUGGGUUUUCUGGGAAGUGCUUUCAUUCGUCUCCAAGCCGUAUUAUAUCUGUCCGCUUCUUUCAAUCUGCCACGGAGCCUUUACUAAAUCCUGGCUCGAGUGGCUAGUUCCAGCAAAGGACAGUAAAUUUGCGCCAGACUCUGAGGUUCUUGACUCUCGGGAGCUCUUUCAUCCGAUCGUUUGCAUAAUUUGCUUUCUAUUUGCCGGAGUCUUUCUUGAGACGCUUGCAUUCUGCGUUUAUGCUCUCCUCCGUCUGACGGCGCUUCUUUUCGGCAGAUUCCUCGACCUCUUUCAAAUGCUGUUUAGCGUCAAACUUCUCAUUUUGGCGUGCUCGGCGAUCCUUGUCAAAACUAACGGAUCCCAUCUUCAGCAAAUACGGAAAAGCGGUAACGCAAAACCUAAAGAACGAGAUACCUUCUGGGUCGAUUUCAUCGUCCUCCUAUGCUUGCUGCUAGAAUUUGCCCUGCUUCUACCUUCAUUUAUUUUCUGGAUUCAUCGCAGCGUUCAGAUGGAUUCCUAUGAGCCGAUUCCAUUCACCGAAGAUCCAGGAGUCAUUCCUGGUCUCAUAAUAACAAUUCAAUACCCAUUCGAUUUGGCUGCACUAGAAUUGUCUUUUCCAAGAAAAAAUGCUGCUUUGAUUCUAGCUGUUUACUCUGGAAUGUACUGUCUCGUCAACAUUCAUCGAUUGACCUUUGUACUUCCGAUUCUGAUCAUUCUCCUGCGAUCAGCGUCCUUUUCAACUGCCGAAUCAGAAGUUGACGCUUCUGAAAAGAAAAAUGAUUAA